AUGCAUCCGGCUCAUGGUGGCCCGAAGCCGGGCGCGGCACGGGCGCCCUUCCUAAGGCCGUCCGGCGCCGGGGCCGUCGGCCAUGGCCCUGCCGGCGCCGGGGCUGCGGCGGGCGCUGGCCGGCCGGCCGCGUGGUGGCACGGCAGCACCCACACCCGGGCGCCGGACCGCCCGGGGCUGGAGACAUCGCCGGGCCGGCGGCCAGUCAAGGUGUCCUGGAAGGGCGCCUCCAAGGUGGAGGUGUUCGACCAGCGCGACCGGGUGGACCUCCCGCCGGAGUACCGUCAGGGGCCCUUCUUCGGGCCGGUGCCCCCACGGCCAGGGUGA